AUGUUGACUGCAGUUAGUAUUGAUGCCAACAAUGAAAUAUUUGUGAUUGCAUAUGGGAUAGUUGACACUGAAAGCACUGAGAGCUGGACAUAUUUCUUCAGAAAUCUGAGAUGCUUGUUUGCAACUGAAGGUUGUCAUAAAGAUGACUGGACCUUUAUUUCUGACAGAAUGAGGGGAGUUGAUGCUGCAAUACAUGAUGUGUACCCAAAGGCAACAAGGAGGAUUUGUUUCCAACAUCUAUACUCCAACUGCAAAUUAGCAGGGUGGAGUGGUUCAGCUUUUCACAAGCUUUUUUGGAUAGCUGCAGAUGCAUACAAUGAGUAUCUGUUUGAGAAAGCAAUGACAAAAAUCAAGGAGCAUGCUGCUGCAGCUGAGGAGUACUUAAGGGAAGUACCAAAGCAAUGGUCAAGGAAGAUGUUUGACACCAAACUCUGUUGUGAUCACAACACAACAAACUUUGUCGAGUCUUUCAAUUCCAAGACUAAGGAUUUCAGAGACUUGCCUGUGCUGACACUACUUGAAGCUGUAAGAAAUUGGGUGAUGAAGAGAGUGGGAGCAAGAUUUGACCAGGCUAUAGACAUGGAACCUCAUCAACUGACAGAGUAUGCACAAAACAUACUCCAAAGUAGAAGUGAUGACUCUAGAUUUUGUCAUGUAACUGCUUGUUCUGGCAUUCCCUGUAAGCAUGGCUUAAGGGUGAUAUACCAGCAAAGAUUGGAACCCACCACAUUUGUUUCACCAUACUUCAAAGGGGCUGCUUACAAAGCAACUUAUGCCCAGCACAUCCACCCUAUGGCUGACCCCACACGGUGGCCAAAUUUUGAUGUUCCUGCAAUAAUGCCCCCACCAGUCAAGAGAAGUGCUGGCAGACCAGCAAAACAAAGAAAAAGGGCCCCACAUGAAGCAAGGAAAGGCAAAAGGCACAAGAACAACAAAUGUGGAAUCUGUAAGGAGUUGGGGCACAAUGCUUUAACUUGCAAGAACAAGAGCACAACUGAAAGUGGUGCUGCUGGAAAAGGAAAAGGAAAGGGGGGAAAAAGGAAGGCACAAACUGAUGGUGGAAGCACCUCUCACCAACCUCCAUCAAAGCAAAGGAAAACAAGAAGCACUCAACAUGCUUAG